AUGAGAGUAUUGACGCGAUUGACGAGUUACGCGCAAAUAGGGAUGCUUGGGGUGACUUUUCGAGGGUCGCAAUUUAUUCGAGAGUUGUUUCCAGCCGGGACGCAAAUCCCGGACUGGGUGUCGUCCAUGGAAACGAAUAAGAUGCACUCGAUGUUAACGAUUCACUUCCUCGGGAACUUGUUGAAACAGAAUUUUGGGAACACCGGGGCGUUCGAGAUUUAUUACGACGGGGACGUCGUGUUUAGCAAGUUGAAGGAGAAGAGAAUGCCGAGGUUGGAGGAGAUCGUGGACGGGAUACGCGAGAGACGAGAGGAGAGAGGAUUCAAGUACACGAAGCCGAAGGAGAUGUUGCCGGAAAGGAUGAGGAUGCAAGGAGGAGGACAAUAA